AUGGGUUUAUUAACACAGGGACGUCCAUUAACUUGGGAAGAAACGAAGAAAUAUGCUCAGACGGUACGUGAACGUGGUGUCGAGCAAUUUAUUCAAAUUUACAAGAAACUCAAAGAUCGUCGAAAUGAUUGCUUGAAAUGGGGCGACGAAGUGGAAUUUAUUAUGGUCCGAUUCGACCAUGAACAAAAAAAAGCACAAUUAGUUCUCAAAGCACAUAAACUUCUGCCUAUUUUGAUGGAACCUGAACAUCAAAAUCCUGACAAUUGCACAUCACUUUGGCGGCCAGAAUACACUGACUAUAUGAUUGAAGGAACGCCUGGUACACCUUACGGACAUUUACCAGCACAUUUCAACAUGGUAGAAGCGAAUAUGCGUUUGCGUCGGCAGCAAGGUCAAGCAUUGCUUGAUAAAGACGAAUAUGUUUUGAGCACUUCAAAUUUCCCUCGAAAUGGAUGUCCCGAUUGCACUUGGCCUACGUACAAACCAACACCUGGUAAAUCAGUAACGGCAUCGUUUUGCUUUCCGGACGAGGCAAUAUUUCCUGAUCAUCCAAGAUUUAAAACAUUAACGCAUAACAUCAAUCAACGGCGUAAUGCUAAAAUUGCUCUUAACGUCCCAAUUUUCAUCGAUAAGAAUACACCACGUCCAUUUCUUGAAGACUUCUCUGUUUAUGGUGGUGAUGAUGGUGGUGCUCACAAAACUGCGCUGAUGAAGGAUAAUAUUUAUCUUGAUGCAAUGGGUUUAGGCAUGGGUUGUUGCUGUCUGCAAGUCACCUUUCAAGCACAAUCGAUCGAUGAAGCACGAUUUCUCUAUGAUCAAUUGACGCCAUUGACACCAAUAAUGCUAGCUAUGAGUGCAUCAUCUCCGAUCUGGCGUGGAUAUUUAGCUGAAAUCGAUUGCCGAUGGAAUGUUCUUUGUGCAAUGUCCGAUGAUCGAACAGCCGAGGAACGAGGAUUCGAACCAUUGAAACAUGAACGUUUUCGCAUACCUAAAUCUCGGUAUUCCAGCGUCGACUGCUACAUAUCGCCCGAGAGUACGAAGUACAAUGAUAUAGACAUAGUUAAGGACAUGAACGUUUUUGAAAAGUUAAUCAAUAAUGGCAUUGAUGAUGUUCUUGCUCAGCAUAUUGCACAUUUGUUUAUUCGUGAUACGGUGAUCUUAUUCGAAGAAAACCUUCGUUUCGAUGACACGAAAGAUGCUGAUCAUUUUGAGAACAUCAACUCUACAAAUUGGCAAUCGAUGCGAUUUAAACCACCGCCCGUAAGGAGUGACAUCGGAUGGCGAGUAGAAUUUCGACCGACCGAAUUACAAAUGACUGAUUUCGAAAAUGCAGCGUUCGUAACCUUUAUUGUCUUACUUACACGAGCAAUUAUGACUUACAAUUUGAACUUACUGAUUCCAAUCUCACUUGUCGAUGAAAAUAUGCAACUCGCUCAACAACGCGAUGCACUUCGGCGACAAAAAUUUCAUUUUCGAAAAUCUCUUUCAACGCAGAAAACACCUGAUACAUUUUGUUCGGCAUCUGUACAAACAGAUACAUCCAAGAAAGAUGAUUGUGAACAUCGUCCUAUGACCAUCAACGAAAUUAUCAAUGGAUCAAAUGAAUUUGUCGGUCUUCUAAACAUUGUUCAAGAUUAUCUGACUAACAUUGAAGUAGAUGCUGAUACACGAUGCACAAUCAAUCAGUAUCUCAGUCUGAUUAGUAAACGCGCAGCCGGUUCAUUAUUAACGAAUGCAGCAUGGAUGCGUCUGUUCGUAGCAAAUCAUCCGUCGUAUAAACAUGAUUCAAUUGUAACCGAUGAAAUUGCUUAUGAUCUUCUUUGGAAAAUGAAGCGAUUUGCCAAUAAUGAGGAACACUGUCCAGAGGUUCUGCCGGCUACAUUAUCAAAAACGAACUUGGAUGUAUCAGCAGCGGUGAAAUUGGAUGACAAUGAAGUCGAAGUAAAACGAUCGUUAAUGCAACAAAGUCAACAACGAUAA